AUGAAGUAUGCCCGCCUGGGUACUUCGGGGCUCAAAACCUCGCGCAUCAUUCUCGGCUGUAUGGCCUUUGGUUCUCCAGCCUGGGAAGGCUCCCCUUGGACUCUAUCCGAAGACGCCAGCAUGAAAGUCAUCAAGCGAGCCUGGGACCUUGGAAUCAACACGUGGGACACAGCCAACACGUAUUCAAACGGAGAAAGCGAGCGGAUUCUCGGGCGCGCAAUGAAGAGACUGGAGAUUCCACGCUCCAAAGUAGUCAUCAUGACCAAACUCUACUACCCCGUCAUGGACGACGAGUCACGGCCACAGCCGCCAGAUAGCUAUUCACCGCAGCUCGUGAACCAGAUGGGUUUGAGCCGGAAACACAUUUUCGACGCCGUCGACGCAUCGCUGGAGCGGCUGGGCACGUCGUACAUUGACGUGCUCCAAAUCCACCGUCUCGAUCGCGAUACCCCGCCUGAGGAAAUCAUGCGCGCGCUCCACGACCUUGUGUGCAUGGGCAAAGUGCGGUAUCUGGGCGGCAGCAGCAUGUACACGUGGGAAUUCGCGCGGCUGCAGUACACAGCCAAGCUGAACCACUGGACGCCAUUUACAUCGAUGCAGCCGUUUUACAAUCUGCUGUACCGCGAGGAGGAGCGCGAGAUGCUUCCGUUCUGCAGAUCCGAAGGCAUAGGGAUUAUUCCCUGGAGUCCGUUGGCGAGGGGUCUUCUGGGGAAACCCGUGGGCGAGACGAGCAGCAGGAACGAAGCUGACGCGAAAACGAAGAAGUGGUUUGGCGAUGCAGAGCCUGAGAUUAUUCGGCGGGUCGAGGAGCUGAGUAAGAAGAAAGGCUGUAGCAUGGCGAGCGUCGCAACCGCUUGGGUGCUCAAGAAGGGGUGCUCGCCUAUUGUGGGGCUUACCAGCGUGGAACGGGUGGAUCAGAUCAUGGAAGGUUUGGCAGUGGACUUGUCAGAUGAUGAGUGUAGAUACUUGGAGGAGCUGUAUAAGCCGAGAUCAGUACAGGCAAUGUAA